AUGGGUCGCAGGAAGAUUGAGAUCAAGGCGAUCAAGGAUGAUCGCAACCGUUCCGUCACAUUUCUGAAGCGGAAGGGUGGUCUUUUCAAGAAAGCGCACGAACUUUCAGUCCUUUGUUCGGUGGACGUCGCCGUCAUCAUAUUCGGACACAACAAGAAGCUAUACGAAUUCUCAUCGGGGGACAUCAACGAGACCAUAGGGCGAUACCAAUAUUAUGGCGGAGCCCACGAGCACAAAGGACCCGAGGAUUUCAUGGGAAAGAAAGAUAUGGACGACGAGGACGACGAUGAAGAGCAUAUGGGUGGUUCUCCGCCCCGCGAUUCCAACACACCACCAGAGCAUGUUAUGAUGCCACACCACCUCCAAACCCAACCCGCCUUCCAGCAUAUCAGACAUAGCACACCUUCGGCUUCACCACCUAUGCCAAAUGGCUUGCCAUUUCACCAUCGACACCCUUCUCCACAGCCAAGCGGUCUCUCACGGCCCAGCUCAAGAACUCAUAUUCGUCGUCCAAGUUCCAAUCUAGCUCCUCCACAGCAUCAUCCCUCCCAGGCCCCUCCUCCACCAAAUAACUAUGCUUACAUGCCCAACCCGCCAUUUUACAACCCGCAAGCACCACAAGGCAUGCCCCCUAAGGUCUCGCAAGCACCGCCGCCCCCGCCCCCUCAGUAUCAAUAUACACAUCCCCCGCCUACACAGGUACCACAAUAUUUACACCAGGAACCACGCCGACAAUCGAUGCCCCCUUCUUUCCAGCAGCAGCACCAGCAACCCCCGCCUCCACCCCCGCCACAUCAGCAACACCAACAACAGCAACACCAACAUCAGCAGCAGCAGCAGGAUCGACCACAACCACCGGGUCCGCCACCACCUUCGAUGUCUGUCCCAUCGCCACCCCAGCACGACCAGACCAGCUUUCAAAGUCCUCCACUUCCACAGCCGAAGCCUUUGCCCUCUGCGGCUAGGCACAGCAUCUUCACUCCCAUUGAUGAUAGCCGGUCUAUGCUUGCAGCACACUGGGGAGGCAGCUCCAACACGGUUGAAGGUCCCCGCAGUGACAUGUCUGCGUUGAAACACGAAGGAAUCGCACGGUCACAGUCCAUCGAUGUUGCGGCCAUGUCACGCGCGCAGGUCAACGGAAACUCUCCGCCUGAAUCCGCGCCGGCACAGUUGCCCCAACCGCAGAGGACACAAUCCACAUCCUCGGCACCUACUAUACCGCCUCCUUCAAGAACGAAUAGUAUUCAAGCUGAUGCGAAGCGACCAAGGCUCAAAGUGCAGAUUCCCAGUGAGCACUCCGAUGCUGGAAGCGCGACUGCGGACUCUUCUCCGAAGGAAUCUGGAACAACAGGUGCAACACCUGCUCGCACAUCUACUGAAGCAUCCCACUCUUCAGGCGUUUUACUUCCACCACCAUCACCCUCUGCAAAUUCUCUACUCAGCGCUGGAGCAACUGGUCCACCAAACCCGUUCGCUCGUCCACCUCCACCAACCAACAACGGCUCAUAUGGCAGCCGGAGUGAAUUGGAAACGCCGAUCUCAGCUCUGCCGAGUAGAUUUGUUGAAAAUGGCUUAUUGCCUAGUCCCUCCAGCUUCUACCCAGAAUGGGGCUUUGGUAGGGACGCAAAUAUGCUUCCAAGUCCUCUGAACUUCCAAACGCCCGUGGCAGCAAACGGACCCAGUUUCGGCCGUGAUGAUGCAGCUGACCGUAAGCGAAAACCUUCAGAUGAUGGCUCGGACAGCGGAAGUGGACCGAAAAGGAUCAAGGCUUAA